AUGGUUCUCUCCGAACCACCAACACACGUCGGCGGUGACGGUGGCAAAGGCAAGGCGACAACAUCGGCAGUGAAUGAGUACAGGGCAGAGGAAACACCGACGACAUCACUACCAACCACAAUCAACAACCGUUUGAUGACUGCCAUCCACCGGCAAACACCAACAAUCGCCGCAUCACCAACCGCGAGUAAUCUGCGUGUAAAGAGGAGAGACGCGAGCAAAAGAGAGGGCGGCGCCGUCGCGCAACAGUCGCAGCAGCGAGGGGAGUUGAAGCUUCCGACGAGCUUAGGGGAAAACACUGGCCAGCCAGGCGUCCGGUGGCUGAAGGAAAAGGAGGUUGAUUUUGACCAAACUAGUGAAAUUCAAAAGGUUUAUAGCUUUGUGGUUGUGGACAAGGGAAUGGCUUUUUGUAAGGAAUGGAUGAAAAUAAGUUAUCAUUCAUUUCCCGAAUAUAGGGAGGGUGUUUAUGGUUUUUUAGACUUUGCAUUUUCCAGUAUUAUAGACGUUCAUGAUGCUGCGACCAUUAGAUGUCCUUGUGAUAAAUGUCGUAAUCUGAUAAUCUUGAUGGUGCAUGGUCAGACAAUUCUUGAUAUUCCUGAUAUAGAAGGGGCAGGACAUGAUGACAGUGAAGUCAACAUGUUGGAGGAUGCUUUUGGGGUACCAGCCAUGUAUUCUGGGCUCAAUGAGGAAGAAGUCAAUGUGUUUAAUGAACAUCCUAGAGGAGAGGCAGCAAAGUUUUAUGAUUUAUUGAAAGCAUAUCAAGAGCCACUAAUAGUCGAAGGCACAACAAUGUCAAAAUUGCCUUGUAUUGUGAAAUUAUUACAUUUAAAAGUUUUAAACAAUUGGAGUGAUAGUUCUUUUGAUAGUUUGUUGAAGUUGCAACGCCAGGCUUGGGGAACUGCUAUUCCUGAUUCUUAUCAUGAGGCAAAAAAAUUGAUUGCUGAUUUGGGGCUUGAGUGUGUUAAAAUCGAUGCUUGUAAGAAUGAUUGUUUUUUGUACUGGAAAGAGAAUGCAAAUUUAGAUAAGUGUCCUACAUGUGAUUUCCCUAUGUAUAAAAAUGUUGAUAAAGGACCUUCAAAAGGAGUUAAAGUUCCACACAAGGUAUUACGAUACUUUCCAUUGAAAUCUAGGUUACAAAGGUUGUACAUGUCUAGAAAAACAGCUAAGGAUAUGUUGUGGCAUAAAAUUGAAAGGGUGGAUAAGAAAGGGGAAAUGAGUCAUCCUGCUGAUUCUCCUGCUUGGAAAUUUAUUGAUAAAGAGUAUACUUCAUUUGCUAGUGAUCCUCGUAAUUAUUUGGCCGGUUGUUCUGAUUCCGUACAAUUUGCCUCCUUGGUUAUGCAUGAAACCUCAUUCUUUUCUUUUAUCUUUACUUAUACCUGGUCCACAAGUCCUGGUCGAAGCAUUGAUGUAUAUCUUCAACCUUUAAUUGAAGAGCUAAAGGAGCUUUGGGAAAUUGGGGUAGAAACAUAUGAUGCUCACUCAAAGCAAAAUUUUAAUAUGCGUGCAAUGUUGUUAUGGACGAUUAGUGACUUUCCUGCCUAUGCUGAUUUGUCGGGUUGGUCAACUAAAGGUGGAUAUGCGUGUCCUUCUUGUCACAAGCACACUCACCGUACUUCACUAAUGAGUAAAGGUGGCUAUUUGCAUGAUCGUCGUUGGUUACCCUCUAAUCAUAAAUGGAGGAUAGAUAGAAAAUCAUUUGAUAACACAAGGGAAAAAGAUAGUGCACCGGUUCCGUUGACUGGUGAUGAAAUUUUGAACUAUUUUAACAAUUUUGAGCUAGAAAAAUUUGGAAAGGUUGCUUGA